AUGUCGAACUACAUGGAAUUUGUUGUUGCAAUGGUAGAACACGGAUCACUAAAUGUAAACGGUGAGUUUAGUAAGAAUGCAUAGAUGAUUUUAUAAAUGAAACUUCCACAGAAUAGUACAUCGUUCUAUCGUAUAAUCACGAAUUAAUUCAACAAUUAGAUAAGAAAAAUUACUACUAAAAACAAUACAUUUAUUCUUUGUUAAAAAUUUAGAAUUUAAAUGAUUUAUGUGUAUUACUAAAUACGGCUUUUUUUCAUGCGUCUAUAAUCAAUUUCGGUUACAUAAAUCUCACACUGAUAAAUACAUGUGUACAAGCAUUUUCUUGUAGAUUAACAUUCAGUUUGGUGAUUAGUAAACAAUUUGUGUAACCCGUUAAUUUCCAAUCGGUUAUUUUACAAAAAUUAAACACUCCGUUGUGUUUAUUAGGAAAUGUUGAUGUUGAAUUAUCGAACGAUACGGUUAAAAAGUUUGACUACGAAGAGGCCAUCAUCGAUUUAAUGAACAUCGUCGAUUGUCAUUGA